GUCAAAGUUCAUGCCAGCUCAAUCUUGGAUCUUUGAAGCACAACUGGGGAGAACUGAACUAGCCUAAGCUUAUCUCAAGAUUUGCAUCCUUUUUUAACUACAAGGUUUCUUGUUAUUAGCCAUUCCCUUCACAAAAUUCAAGCCAGGCCAACAAUUAAGAAAAAAAAGGAAAUGUAUCCCACAAAAUAUCCUUCACAGGGGUAUCCGGCCAUGAACAUCCACACCACCCAUCCUCCCUAUAUCCCCUCCGCUAAUGCCACUGCAACGCGGUGGUCCACCGGCCUUUGCCACUGUUGUGACGACCCAGCAAAUUGUUUGGUUACUUUCAUGUGUCCAUGCGUUACCUUUGGACAGAUUGCAGAAAUCGUCAAUAAGGGAUCAAUAUCUUGUGCAGCAAGUGGUGCAGUUUAUGGUUUGCUACUGGGUUUCACAGGUUUCCCAUGCUUGUACUCGUGCUUUUAUAGGUCAAGAUUGAGAGGCCAAUACGACUUGGAGGAGGUACCUUGUGUGGAUUGCUUGGUUCACUUCUUCUGUGAGCCUUGCGCACUUUGUCAAGAAUACAGAGAGCUCAAGAAUCGUGGUUUUGACAUGGGGAUUGGUUGGCAGGCAAACAUGGAUAGACAAAGCCGGGGGAUCACAGUAGCUCCCACUGUGGGUGGUGGCAUGAGCCGAUGAUAAUAUAUAGCCGCACCUCCACAUAUCUGGACACAAACAUCAUCGAUCGUUUCUUUGUUUCUUUUAUCUAAUUUUAUGUGCUGUAUCUUUCAUCUGCUAUCCUUAAUUACUUAGUGCAUAUGUGUUUCCUGUUCAUAAAAAUUUUUUCGCCUUCUGCAAUUUUAGUAUAUGAAUCCUAUACUUCAUAUGUAUAUGUUAAAUUUAGAGUGAUUAUUGAUCAAAUUAUGUAUUAAUUCAUUUUAA